UCUCUCUCUCUCUCUUUCUUCUCUUCUCCCUGACAUCAAUCUAUCUUCCCUUCACUUUGAUUUUUCUUUUCAAGAAAUUAAAUUAAUUCCCAACCGUCAAAAUGGUCAAGGCUGUUGCUGUUCUCCGUGGAGACUCCAAGAUCUCCGGCACCGUCACCUUCGAGCAGGCUGACGCCAACGCCGCUACCACCGUCUCCUGGAACAUUACGGGCCACGACGCCAACGCUGAGCGUGCCUUCCAUGUCCACCAGUUCGGUGACAACACCAACGGCUGCACCUCCGCUGGCCCUCACUUCAACCCCUUCGGCAAGGAGCACGGUGCUCCCGAGGAUGAGAACCGUCACGUCGGUGACUUGGGCAACUUCAAGACCGAUGCUGAGGGUAACGCCGUCGGCUCCAAGCAGGACAAGCUUAUUAAGCUGAUCGGUGCCGAGAGCGUUCUUGGCCGUACUCUCGUCAUCCACGCCGGCACUGACGACCUCGGCCGUGGUGGCCACGAGGAGUCCAAGAAGACUGGCAAUGCUGGUGCUCGCCCCGCUUGCGGUGUCAUUGGCAUUGCUGCUUAAACACACUAGUUCUAGUCAAUCUAGGAUGUGAAGUGCAGGAUCAGACUUGGACCAGUCUGCAAGUCAAACUGGGAGGUAUCUUGGUGAUGCUCAAAAGUUGAUCUGGACGGAUCUUCUAUGCGGUUCCUGGAGGACUGAUAGGAGGUUUCUGGUCCUGGCGAAAUCAAUUCUAGAAAUUGUAUAGGAAUGAUGACACGAGUUGAAUUUUUAUUCGAUAUUCUUUAUUUAUUCA